AUGGAGGGAAUUCUACGACCAUUUACUGAUCCGGCCAGUCGAGCUGCAGACAGAGCAUUUCCACUGGAUGGUACUGACGUCCAUUCCCUCUCUGAUGAGUCUCUUGCUACCCUACUUGACUCCGCCCCGGUCCUUCACGAUCUGGGCCAAACGACUGUGGUGCGACUAUCAAAAGACCUGGUUUUGAAAGGUGGCGGUAAUGUGCUUCCCUGUGAGGCAGAGGUCCUUAGAAUUGUUGCUUCAAAACCCGGCAUUCGGGCUCCACACGUCCAUCGCUCGUUCCAAUUCCCAGACGACACGAAAUACUUCAGCACCAUGGGAUAUAUUGUGAUGGAUUACGUUAACGGUCAACCUCUCGAUACCUGCUGGGAAGACCUCAGCGAUGAACGGAAGCUGGACGUUUCAAGACAAACCGCCCAAAUGAUACUCGAAAUGCAGUCUGUUAAACUACCGGAGCCAGGGCCAAUUGGCGGUGGACCAUGUCGCGGUCGAUUCUUCACUCAUUACAGUGCAGGUCCGUUCAAGAACAAGGCUGAGUUUGAAGGCUGGUUCAAUCAUAAGCUGGAAAUUUGUAAGAAGUUCAAUCAGGCUCCGCAAGAUAUCCCCGCCUUCAGGUUCACGGAGUUCGUCCUUACUCAUCAGGACAUCAGCCCUCGGAAUCUCAUUUUGGACCCAGAUGGACAAGUAUGGCUCGUGGACUGGGCAGAUGCCGGAGCCUAUCCUCCAGCAUUUGAAAGUGCAGCCUUGGCCUCCCAGAUGAGUUUUCCAGACUUUAAUGCCAUGGUGCUGUCAUGUCUACCACGGUACCCUGUGGAAGAAAGGCAAUUAGAUUCUAUCGGAUACGGUUUAUUAACAGCUGCGCUGGCUUGA